AUGCAUCCGACCUCCCAGCUCAACACAGGAACCGGUACAACCAUAUUAGCAGUGGCCCAGGAUAAGCUGACUCAGUUCAUACAAACAUUAACGGAUUCCGGCGUGGCCUUCCAAACCAAGAUACAAGAUCUCUCCCAAUUGUUCUUAUCACCUCUUACGUACGACAUGACAAGGCGUCUCCCGAGAGGUGACGCAACCUUUGAUCGCUACAUGUACUACCAAGAGAUCGUGUCCUACAUCGAAGGGCUGUCCUCCAGGUACUCAAAUAAGGUUCAGGUUGACAAGAUUGGCCAGAGCGUCGAGGGCAGACCUAUAUAUCUCAUUACAAUCAACAAGAAAACCAAAACCCGAAAAGUCGACAAACCUGUUAUAUUCAUAGAAGCAGGGGCGCACGCGAGGGAGUGGGUGUCCCCGGCCUCGGCGCUGUACCUGGUGGAGCGCCUGCUGGAGAGUCCGUCCCUCCUGCGCAAUGCCGAGUGGCGCGUCGUCCCGCUGCUCAACCCCGACGGCUACGUCUACUCCUGGAACCAUGACCGACUGUGGAGGAAGAACCGCGCCCCUUCAUCUGUUCCCGAAUGCUUUGGCGUUGACUUGAACCGAAACUUUGACUUCUACUGGGGAGGAGUUCAGGCCAGUAUGGACCCAUGCUCUGACCUCUACCAGGGCUCAAACCCGUUCAGUGAGCCUGAGACCAGAGCGAAUAAU